AUGGAGACAUUGAAGGAAGAACCUCCAGUUCUCACCAAGGAACUCAAUGCCUUAGUUCAGAAGAAACCACCCCAGAAGUUGCCGGAUCCCGGACGCUUCCUAAUUCCUUGCACCAUAGGGACAAUUACUUUUGAGAAGGCUUUAUGCGACCUAGGGUCAAGCAUAAAUCUCAUGCCUCUCUCUGUAAUGGAGAGGCUAGGAAUUUUUGAGGUGCAAGCUACCAAGAUCUCAUUAGAGAUGGCUGACAAGUCACUGAAAAAGGCAUAUGGUUUGGUAAAGGAUGUCUUAGUAAAGGUUGAGAACUUUUACAUCCCUGCAGAUUUUAUAAUCUUAGAUACUGGAGAGGACGAGGAUGAAUCCAUCAUCCUUGGAAGACCUUUCCUAGCCACUGCCAAUGCUAUAAUUGAUGUGGCAAAGGGAAAGCUCGUUCUGUAA